UUGGGAUGGACAGAGGGAGAGACGGGAGAGGGAGGGAGGAAGGGAGGGGGGAUGGUGUGGCCUUUGUAUGGACAGAGCUAAUUCUGGCUUCCUAAUCCCACUUCCACCCCCCUCCUUGUCUUCCUGCUGGACAACUCAGGUAAAGCUCACAGACACAUACACACACUGCACUUAACUCACUGUGGACGAGGCAGGAAGAGAAGGUUCCGGGGGAGAAGGGCUUUUUUGGAAGAAGGGUAACGUGGUCGUGGUGGACGCUGACACACCUGUGGGAGCUUCACUGGAGAAUGUAGCUGCUGCAGACGCUCAGUCCACCAACAGGAAACAGGCCAACAUGGGAGAAGCUCAAAAGGGCUUACUCUCUGUCAUUGAGAAACUGAAGGGGUCCACGGAGCAGGAAGUCAGGAUAGUGCUUCUGGGGCUGGACAAUGCUGGGAAGACCACGCUGCUGAGGAGCCUGGCCUCUGAAGACGUGAACACCAUCACGCCGACACAGGGGUUCAACAUCAAGAGCGUGGCCUCCCAUGGCAUGAAACUCAACGUUUGGGACAUCGGAGGACAGAGGAAGAUAAGACCUUUCUGGAAAAAGUACCUGGAAAAUACAGACCUGUUGAUCUAUGUCAUCGACAGCGCAGACAAGAAGCGGUUUGAGGAGACAGGAUUGGAGCUCUCAGAACUCGUCGAAGAGGAGAGCCUAAAGGGCGUCCCUGUGCUGGUCUUUGCCAACAAGCAGGACCUGGCCACAGCAUCUCCGGCCAGUGAGAUUGCUGAAGGACUUAAUCUGCACACGUACAGGGACCGGGAGUGGCAGAUUCAGGCGUGCUCAGCUGUGUCCGGGGAAGGGGUUCAGGAUGGCAUGAACUGGAUUUGCAACAACAUCACAAACAAGAAAAAAUGAGUCGUCGUGGAGGAGCACGGCUGAGGACGAACACGUGAUCACCAGAGCAGAAAACAGAAUUAUUCCACUGUGUUAAAUGUCGGUGCACUUCAUGUCAUUUUUAUAACAUUUUGCAAAUGUAGCAAACGUACUGUUUUAGGACAAAUGUGUGAACGGAACCCUCAGUCAGAGGGUCUCCGUCUGGUGCUGUGUUUGUAGCCAUGUAAACCUGUUAGCAUUUGUCAGAUACAAACGCCAGUGAAUGUGAAAAGUGUACGUUCUGAUGUUUUUGGAAAUGAAAAAAAAAAAGUUCAAAUAUAGUUUGUUUUCCUUUGUGGCCAUAAUGACCAAUUAAUAGUUUGUCACAGAAGAGCAGAAAACACUUACGUGUGUGUAAAUGUCAACGCUCCUCUGAGUGACAGCCAGGACAAUAACAGUCUGAUCCUCCGCCGCUCAGCUGUCAAACGGCUUUAUUUCCACACCAUGGCGACGAGGUCUGGCUGCAUGAAUUGAGAGAUCAAAGAGACGUGGAAUUAGAAUAAUCACAAAGAAUCUCUCAAGAACAAAUGUCAAGAACUGCCACGCAAAAAUAGCAAAAGGCUAAAAGCUCAAAAUUGAAAAUAAAAAACCAUCAGAAGCGCAGACACAGAUGUUCUAAUUAAACAAAGGCAACGCUGAACAAAUUGGUCCUCUGAUCUGCUUUGUUCAGAGAGACAACGGCGUCCUCAG